AUGCCGCUUGACAACAACCAGAACCAGGGCGCCACAGGUGCAGCCAAGUUCGUCACCAGCUCUCUUGGUAACGCCGUUGGCGGCGUUGCAAGAACCGUCGGAAACGUGACCGGAGCGGCAGGCCGAGGUGUCGGCGACACUAUCACCGGCGCAACCGGAUCCGCUGGAAAGCCUGUUGGCGAUGCAAUCGGCUCGGUCGGCUCGGGUAUCGAAGGGGGAGCAAGCAAUGUUGCCAAGGGGGUCGAGAACGCUGGACAGUGGAAGAAAUAA